AUGGGCAUGGGUGGACUUCCCUUGUGCCCCGACACCCAGAAGCGACUAGGAUGUGAUGCAGACAAGGACAAUUAUGUCAACUCCGAUGAAUUACUUAAUUGCACCUCUGGUUCGUUCUUCUUGGCCCAUUCUGAGCAGGAAAAUGUACUGACAAGGGCACUGUGUAUAGAUGCUAUAGUAGAUGUAGCAGACAACAAUCAUGACUUGACGCUAGAUUUUGAAGAGUUUACAAGAAUGCUGAACCCAGACUUUCGGCCUGCUCAUAAAUUAUGCUUGUUAGAUGGAAUGAAAUACGACGAUGGAGAAGACGUGUAUGUUGAUGGGAAUCUAUCUAUCUCUCUAUCUGUGCACGCGUGUGCGUGUGCACGUGUGUGCACGUGUAGUUGGGUCUACAUGUUUCCAGAUACAUCAAAGGACAGGAACAGUGAAUUUGGUGGCAAAGAUUUUGACACAAUUACACUGAUUUGGUGGAAGAAGAUUAUGAUUUGUCUGUGGGAAAAUAUUGAAGAAUAUUUGAUUGAGGAGGAAGAUGAAUACCUGGAAUAG